GCGGCUUCGCCGGGAGGGUGGACGCCCGAGCCGGGCAGGGAGCGCCCAGCCCAGGCAGGCAGCCAGGCAGGCUCGCUGCGCGCCCGGAAGUGCGGGCUGGCCGGCAGCGCCUCCUCGCGCGUCACGUGCUCCAAGAUGGCGGCGCCCUGCUGGAGGCUGGCGCGGCGGGGCCUGCAGGCCGUUGCAGGAAGACUCAGUAGUAAUUCUUGGCUCCUCUCUGCAAGGCAUGGUUUCCAGACCAGUGCUGCCUGCUGCAAGAACAGAGCAGCUCGGGUUCGUGUUGGGAAAGGGGACAAGCCUGUGACAUACGAAGAAGCCCACCCGCCCCACUACAUCGCCCACCGUAAGGGCUGGCUCUCUCAGCACACAAGUAACCUGAAUGGUGAAAAUGGGGCGGCUGAGCGCACCGUGGAGGACGUCUUCAUCCAGAAGUUCAUCUAUGGCACCUUCCAUGGCUGCCUAGCUAAUGAAAUUGUGCUGAAGCGCCGUGCCAAUACUUUGAUCAUCUGUGCCAUUUUUGUACAGAGGCUGCACCCUUCGAAGUUCUAUUUCCUGAUUGGCUACACCGAGGCACUGCUUUCUUUCCUGUACAAGUGCCCUGUCAAGAUGGAAGUGCAGACAGUGCCCGCGAAGGUGGUCUACAAGUAUCUCUAGACUGGGGUUGCCAUGGAGAGAGGCUCCCAGUGCCUUUCUGCAGCUGUUUGUCCUGGAGCCAAGGCCCAGUCAGAGGUCUUGCUAUGGUCAUCCUUGAAGAGAAGAAUUCCUUUCCCACUCACAAACCUCUCUGCAGGGACUGGAAGGGAGGUGCACACAAGUGGGGACAUCUCCUUAGCAAACAUCUCCUAAGGAGGGUGUUAGGUGUGCAAGUGGUGAUUUAAAGAACCUUGGCUCUCGCCUUGAAAACACUAGGACUUUUGUGGUGUUGCUGAAAUCCAAACAAGGAAUGCUUUCUUCCCCUA